AUGAACUUCCCCGGGAUGAGCGGCUCUUCCGCCGCAAGCAUGACCGGCUUCGGUGGCCUCGGAGGCAACAAUACGCAAGGCAUGACGGAGCAGGAGCAGGCUAUGGUGAAGAUGAUGCAAAGCGGCAUGGAAUCGUGCCCGCUCAAGACCGUCAUCUCCGGCGUGAUGGGUUUCGGUCUGGGUGGUAUGUUCGGAAUGUUCAUGGCGGGUAUGUCCUACGACUCCUCGCUCACCCCGCAAAGCCAAAACAUCGCGAACCUCCCCUGGCGCCAACAACUCAAGCACGGUUUCAAAGACAUGGGCUCGCGCUCUUGGUCGUCCGCGAAGAACUUCGGUAUUGUUGGCGCGCUGUAUUCGGGGACGGAGUGCUGCAUUGAGGGCCUGCGCGCGAAGAACGACCUCACGAACAGUGUGUCGGCGGGUUGCAUCACCGGUGGGAUUUUGGGUGCCAAGGCGGGGCCGCAGGCUGCUGCUUUUGGGUGUGUUGGUUUUGCGGCGUUCAGUGCGGCGAUUGAUGCUUAUAUGAGGAUGCCGGAGUCGGAUUAG